AUGGAUGAUACGGAAAGCACAACAACGUCCGUAGAUGAAAACACUGGCAACUUAUGCGAUAACCCAACCAGGGAUACCCUCGCUGAAGGGUUAUUAGGCCUUCUAAAACCGACUGUUGAUCAACUAGACGAUAGAGUUCGGGCAACAAGAAUAUCACAGUUGGAAUUAAAGCAGCAAAUAGAUUCAUUAAACGAAGAAUUGCUGAAAGUGCGAGAAGCACUUAACAACCAUCCAGACUUAGAUCCCUAUGUAAAGAAAUUGAUUGCAUGCAAACAUAAAGUUACUGUUGUACUUAAUGUCUUACAAGCAUCGCAGGAUAGAUUGAACGAAAUAAGGUGUAUGAUUAAUAAAGACAAACCAACUCAAGCACCUAUACUGUCUGAACCAGCUAUAAAACCAGAACAAAGUACAAGUGGCAUUAUUUCUGACCAAGGAAGUAUAAAUUAA